AUGUCGUCGUACAGCGUCUACGAACGUGCGGAUUUCUUCGAUCCAACCUACCUGAAUCAAAUCCCUAUUUCGCCGUAUGACUUCUACCAAACGCCGCAGCACCAAAACGAUCCCAUAGCCAAUGGAGAGCCUGUCAUUCCAUACGGAUGGCGUUCGGAUUGGUCACGUCCCACCGAAUGGCUACCUCCCACACAAAUGCUCCAUGCUGUUCCCCAGGAACAACGUACCUAUGGCUAUGUAGAGAUGCCCAAACCAACCGAUAUGAAAUCAAUGCUGUUAAAACCGUUAACUCGCGAACCGCCUGCGAACAAACCUUUCAGAUGUCAGGAGAGCGACCGUUCACAUGUCCGAUGUGCAAUCGACGAUUCUCUCAAAGCUCCUCACUAG